UUCUAACAUGAAUGUUCUUCAGCAUGUAGAUAACACAUUAUUCUCUGUAUUUGCUAAUAUUGUUUAAGUUAAGCAGAGCUGACUUUGCCAAAUUUAAAUGUGUACACUCGCAAAGUAUUUCUCAUAUUAUUUCCCUCCUCUUCACUCCAGUCCAGCGGGUGGCGCUAAAACACAUGCGUUUGUUUGUCAAACACCAUUAAACCUCAGAAGAAGAAGAGUCGUGACUAAGUGUUGAAGCAAGCAGGAAUAUCUGGAGGAGUAUCAUCUGAACUGAGAUCUGCUGCUGUGAAGAUGGUGUUUGUUAAAGAGGAGAGUGAGGAGAACAUGAUUAUACCAGAAACCUGGAGAAUAAAACACGAGGAACAAGAGACAUGGAGAAUAAAAAAUGAAGAACCAGAACCUGAACCAGAAACCUGGAGAAUAAAACAUGAGGAACCAGAACCUGAACCAGAAACCUGCAGAAUAAAACACGAGGAACCAGAACCUGAACCAGAAACCUGGAGAAUAAAACAAGAAGAACCAGAACCCGAACCAGAACCCUGGAGAAUAAAACAGGAGGAACAAGGAGAGUUGGUUAAAGAAAACAAGGAUAAUGAAGAAUUGAGAGAAGUUGAGGAGAAAAAUCAUGUCAAAACUGGAGAAAAAACUUUGAGUUGCUCUCAAACCGAAAAGAAAGAUUUAAAGAAAAGAGGAGCCAAGAAAUCUUUCACCUGCACUCAGUGUGGAAAGAGUUUCACACACAAACAUCAUCUUGAGUGUCACAUAAGAUUUCAUACGGGAGAGAAACCAUACACUUGUGAUCAGUGCGGGAAGAGUUUCUCACAAUCAGCACAUCUUAGGGGCCACAUGUUCAUCCACACCAAAGAAAAACUGCAUGCAUGUGAUCAGUGCGGCAAAACAUUUUCGAGGACUUCAAACCUGAAGAAGCACCUGAGUGUUCAUACAAAGGAGAAGCCACAUUCAUGUCAUUUGUGUGGAAAGUGUUUUUCAUGUCUAGAACAUUUGAAAGAACAUCUGAAAACACAUUCUGGUGUGAGAGAUUAUAUGUGCAUCGAGUGUGAGAAGACUUUUACUUCAGCAAAGUGUUUAAAACGGCACCAGAGGGUCCACACUGGAGAGAAACCUUAUAAGUGUUCACACUGUAACAAGACAUUCAGUCAGUCAGGAAGCCUGAAAAGACACGAGAGGAUCCACACCGGAGAGAAACCGUAUCACUGCACUGCAUGUGGGAAGAGUUUCAAUCAUUCAUCUGGUCUACACAUUCAUACAAAAAACUAUCACAGUAAGUAGAUCAUCUUCAGAUCCAGCUCUUUCAGAUCUGAUGCUGACUCCUCAGCAAUUGUGAAACAAUAAUGCAUCAAGCAAUAAGAUAUCAUCUGGAUAAAUCUUUCCUAACCAGACAUUACUAGCAACAUGACAAAGAAACAUUAUCUAAAGUUUUCACAGUGAAUAAAGUCCAUCUUCAUCUUCAAAACCAGCAGAUUCAACUGAGAUUCAGAUCAACUCAAAGAUGGAGUUCCUCCCCAAAGAACAAUGUCACAAAGUUAUAUUCGUGUAUAUCAUUUUGUUUCAUGAUAUAAAUGAUAUCAGUGUUUUCUUAUGAGUUUCAUAUUGUGUUCAAUUGUCUUAUGAUGCAUGUAGCACUUGUACUGUGAGAUUCAGAUCAACUCAAAAGCCCUCUUCGGAUUAACAUGAUAGUAGAUGAUGGACUCAUGAAACAGCGGAAGUUCUCUCAUCAUUUGAUGUUGGAUUUAAGUAUGAUGUGGUGAUGAUGAUGAUGAUGAUGAUGUUUGUUUUAUACAUUAUGUUUAUUAUGUUUGAACUGAACUAACAGACAUGAUCACAGCAGUCCUACUGACUUCAGGAGGUACCACACACGUCUUUACAUUGUUCGUUGUUUUAUACCUUUCAUUUCAUUCCCAGUUUCACAGACUGAGUCUGUUUUCUCUUCUUCUCUUGAUUGUGUCUAUCAUCUGUCCUCUCGCAGUGAUUGUGAUUAUUGUUGAGUUUGCAGUGUUUGCUGCUCCUGCUGUGAUUCUUCUUCAGAUCAAGAAGAGCUGGUGAGUUUUUCAGCUUCACACAAUCCAAAUUCUGGCCAGAGGAGAACUGAGCCCCGUCUGAGCCUGUUCUCUCACAAGUGUUUCUCUCUCUCUCUGAUGGAGUUUAGGUUUCUUGCCACUGUCACCUUUGGCUUGCUUAGUUGGGGACACUUAAUAUCUGGCAGUAUUGUUGACUUGAUUGCACAGACACUAUCUGAACUGAGCUGGACGAUAUAGACAUCACUGAAUCAACAAUGAACUGACUUUAACUGGAAAACUGACUGUUCUCUAUUGUCCUCUUGCAUUAUCAGCACACGUUUAACACUAUAAAGCUGCUGACACAAUCUGUAUUGUAUAAAGUGCUACGAAUAAAGGUGACUUGACUUGACAAUCUGAUGAUUCACAUUGAUCUGGAACAAUCUGCAAUCAUGAGAGAUCAGUAAAUGCUUUUGUGUUGAAUUAUUUUGCAGGGAGGAAGAAAUCGCAGCACCGAGAGGAAAUAGUGAUGAAUACAAUAUUAGAAUAAAAUACCCUCUACAAAUAACAGGCCAGAUUACAGCAAUAUUUAUCUUCAUUUUUUUAUUUUAUUUAUUUUAAUCUCUCAACAUUUUACAACAGUAGCCCAGUGGUGAAGACAAAAAAAAAGAAAUAAUUACAAUGUCAGUUGCAAUCGCCACCUACACUCUCCUCUCCUGUUGCAAUCAACACAAAUCAUGUGUGUUGCCAAUGGAGACGACGCUGUGGUGGUUCUCUUUCAUAGGUUCAUCUACACCAGGGAUACUCAAAUCUGAACUUUACUUUGUCAUUAAAUAACUGACCAACCAAUUAUCAAAAGAAAACCUUUUAAAUCUGAGGAAUAUUUGUCACACUAUAAAAUCCCAGUUACAGCAGAGAAUUGGCUAUUGUUUUUGGAGCCAUAUUCCUUCUGGGAUUAUUAUGUUUAUGAAGGGUUUUAAUAACCAGUUUUCUGACCUGUGCACUGUAGCAGACCUGACCUGUUGAAAGAGAUGGUGUUCAUCCCUCCUGGGGUGGUGCUGCUCUUCUCUCUAGAAAUAUGACACAUAGUCUUAGAGUUGGUACUUGACUAACUGGAGCCCAGGUCAGGAAGCAGACAGACUGGCUAAACCGACCGUCUGCUAGCCGCCUCACGUCUGUCACGUGUCUGCCUGUCUGAGUUCCCGUCUGUCCUUAUUUGGUUUAGCGCUACCAGAGCGCCCUCAAGAGUCUCCGCUGGUUCCGUCCAGCUCCGCGCUGCCAGAGCGCCGCCAAGAGUCCGCGCAAAGACUGAAAGCCCCUAACGUCAUCAAAAAAAUUGGGGGGGGGCUAUAUACCCGUGAUCCUGUUAGCCAUAGUGGCCACGCUCAGGACUUUGGUCAGGGCCACUAUGGCUCCCCUGUCUAGGCCUUUCAAGUUCCCUGCUCCACCAUGGCCUUCCAAGGCCCCUGACCCGCCAUGGCCGCCGGAGUCCCCUGACCCGCCAUGGUCUCUAAGAGUCUCCUGUUCCGCCCUGGAUGCCGCCUCUGUAUCCCUGUCCUGCACCGGCGUCCAGGGCGCCCACCCCCCCUCCCAGGUGGUACUGUUACGGCGCGGGACGCGCCUACCGGGAGGGGGAGGUACUGUCACGUGUCUGCUUGUCUGAGUUCCCGUCUGUCCUUAUUUGGUUUAGUUCCGUUCCUUGUUAGUUAAUUAUCGUUUCAUUGUCCCCACCUGAGUUUCAUUACGUUGUUUGCUCUUUUGUUCCUGUUCUUAUAAAUGUCCUCAGUUCUCCCUGUGAAUUUGUCUGUUCUUAAGUUAAUAAAGUGGGAAAAGUGAGUUGAUGCCGUUUCGUUCUCCUCUCUUUCAUUUAUAUUUCUUUUAUUUAAACUACAACCACACAACCCGUAACAACGUCACAGAAGU